CCUCCUGACAAUAGCAGCGCUGUUUUCCAUGUCACUGUGAAGCAAGACCUGCAGACAAACAGCACUGUCGCCAUGAGCCAUACAGCUGAGGAGCUGUUAAUCAUUUAUGAGACGGAGGCAGAGCAGUGGGCAACCUACCUACAGUCAGUCUUCACUGGACCCAUCUCAAAGGAUGGGAUCUGCUGCUAUGACAUCGCUACAGUAUCCAGCAGGCGGGACGACUUCCUGAGGCUGGCCGGGUAUGCCUGCAAACUCCUGAUCCUUUCCAAAGGCAUGCUGGAGGGUCUAUGCCAGAUGCAACGCUUCUUCCUGGCCCGCGUGUUGAGUCCUGCAGCUCAUGUGGUGGUGCUGCUGUGUGGGGUGGAAAGUCUGACCCCGCUGCUGGAACUGGUGCCUCUGAACGACGACGAGUGUCUGCAGAUCUCCAGUGAACAAGAUGCUCAUGAAUACCUGUCUACUGUCACUGAUAUAGUGAGAAAAGGUGCUUCAGCCGCAGCAGCAAAUGUCAAUCCCUUGACACGUAAAUCAUCAGGAUCAGAGCAAAAGCCGGAACAAAUGCAGUCAACUGGAGCCCAGGGUGUCAGAUCCAGCAUUGUGGUUGUUCCUUCCAGAGUUCCCUGUGGGAGAUCUGAGGAGGUUUUCAUUCUUUUGAAAAAUUAUACGACUGGCAACGAGUCUGAGGUUGAGUUCGCUGGUGAGAAUCAGAUGUUAAGAGUGAAGCCUGUCCGCUGGAAUGACCAGAUCCUCUGUGUCAAUGCACCAGAUUUUCCAGCUGGGAAUGUAAGCAUGACUGUGUAUAAUGAUGGAGUGCCUCUGGGCAAGGCACAGUUGCAGUACUACAGCAACAUGGAGGAAAUCACGUGCCUUCUGUCGAGGGUGGCAGACCCUGUAGACUUCAUGUGUCAGGCGUUUCAGGUGUCCUCUGUGGACAGGUUGGAUCAGAAGUUGUCCUCCAUGCUGUUGGAGGGAAUGCCCACUGGAGGCUUUCGGGGACUCCAGUGUGAAAACACACCUGAAAGAGCAGAGCUCCACCAUGCAGAUAUACCAUCACUCCUCCACUUUGCUGCCCAGUAUGGAUUCAAAAGUGUCUCCAGCCUGCUCCUGCAGUGUCCAGGUGCUGAGCGAGCGCUGCACACAGCCAAUCGCCACGGACAGACUCCCACCGAGAUUGCCAAGAGUCACGGCCAUACAGAGCUCCAUGUCUUACUGAAGGAAACACUGAAUAUGUUCAACUCAGAUGAGGACAAUGGUGAUGCCAGUGUAUACGAAAUGAUGUGCACCGCAGGGAAUCCUUCCACCUCAGACGCACAGAAGGAGCAAGACGGGGAGGAGGAAGAGGAUCCCUAUGCGCCGCUGGGGGUAAAUGAUGAAUAUGACACCAUCCUGACCUCCAAAAAAGCAGUUGUUAUUGCCAAUCGCCCACCAGCACCCACACCUCGGCCUAAGACCAGCCAAACAAAGGAGGAUCGAACCCCUUACAUCGCCCAAGUGUUCCAGAAGAAGAAGACACAACAGGGUGAUGCUGAUUUGUAUUCACUUCCUACUAAACAAGCACGACAGCGAGAAGACAGCGUCUCCUCUACCUAUGACACCUUUGUGCCCAACAAGAUAGACAGGCUUCAGCAGCUCAUUGAGCUCCAGCAGAGAGUGAAGUCAGGCUCGCUCACUGUGGACGAGGCCCUGGAGCGCUUUAGCGACUGGCAGGGAGUUCAGAAGGGCAUGGAUGCCACCCAACAGGAGAAGUUGAGUCAGCUCAGAGCCAGUAUCAUCAACAACAGAGACGAUGAUGAUAGUGUCUAUGAUAAAAUCAACAUCGUUCAUCACAUGCCAAAUACUACAAUGAGUGAGAGUCGAAGAGGAAGCCAAGCGGUGGAGUCUGAUUUUUACAGCAAACCACUUAAAGGACAUCAUUCGAAUUUCUUCUGGAAAGCUGAGAAACGAUGAACAAUUGGUUGGCUCCACCACUCAACAAGGACUCUGUUCUUCCACCAAUCACAUCACAUUUAUUGUUUAAAUACACAAAUCUGUGCUUUUAUUUGUAUAUUAUCUUAGUUUUGUAUAAUUUAGAGAAGUAAGAAAAGAUAUGACUGAUUUUUUUAUAUAUAUCAUCCACUGCCUCUUCAGCUCUCUUAAGAUAUUACUGAAGUAAAUUCAGAUUUAAGGAAAGAUAUGAUUAGAUAUAAUGUGUAAUAUUACUUUUGAAAGUGAGUUUAAAUGUUCAGUAUGAUUUUAAUCUUAAAUUUGUAAAAAACAAAAUAAAAAAAGUCUCUCAUGAAAGCUUUCCAUGUCAAGAGCUACUUUGUUAAUUUUGAAAAUUAAACAACCAAAAUAAAGACUAGUUCUUAUGCUAGAUUGAGCUCAAUGUGACCAUCUUUGCAAUUAAUGUAAACGAUUGUUAAUGAAGUUUUCACACAGCAUAAAAUUACAGUAAAUCAAAAAGCUGUGAUAGGUUUUCAUGAGUCGGUAUUCCAGAGAAAAGGAAUUUCCCAGCAAGUCUUGGCCUGAAAAGCCCAUUAACACCUUUGCCUCUAGAGGGCGCUGUAUCUCUAGAUAUACCCAAUACACUCUCUGUUUGAAGCAACCAAAGACAUCUGGUGAGCACAGAAGCACCUGCUGACCUCCUGAUGGCUUGGAGGCAAUCUAUGGAAAAAAAAUGUAUCCAUACGUGUUUAUGACUUUAAACGGGAAGUAAAAACACUUAUGCAGCAGGUGUGAACAUCAAUGAGCUGCUUCGCGCCGUUCCCUACUUUGCCUGCUUGCAAAGAGGAAGCGUGUGUUUAAUCUUGGUUUGCAUCAGUCAGGACAUGUCAGAAUGAAUCUAUA